AUGGGUCGAAGCAAUCCAAAAAAACAAUCCCCUUCUCGACGGAACCCGGUUUCCUCAGUUAAGAUGCCAUCUCGCUAUCCUCCAAGCUCGAAUUCCUCUCAAAAAACCUAUUGUCUUCAUGAGGUGGUGCCCCCGAAGAAGAAGAGUACAAAGGCAAGUCAACCGGCACACAAGAAGUGGGUAGCCCCAGCAAACGACACUAGCAAUGAAGAGGAAAGGGAGGUGGAAGGUGAGUAUGACAUUGAGAGUGAGGACGAGGACGAGAAAGAGGACGAAGAUCAGGAUGAGGGCGAGAAAGAGGACGAAGAUCAGGACGAGGGCAAGAAAGAGGAUGAAGAUCAGGAAGAGGGCGAGAAAGAGGACACGGAGCCUCACCGACAUCACAAGCGUGGAAACGCUGCACUAGAUGAUAAGACUGACACAACAGUAUUCCAUCCCCUCAAGGCAUACCAUGAUGGCACGCGAUUCAUUCCCUGCAUCAUUGGCCCAUUUGCACGUCCUAUGCAAGCGCUUCAACUUGGCUUGCUCUUGCAGCAAGAUGAUGACGAUGAACUGGACCCACAGACCAAGGACACAUUCAGUUCCAUGGACGACGAUGAGCGUGAAGAGCUCAUCUACACCUUUGACACAUUACUCAGCUUCAUACCUGGUCUCAAGGAUCAGUUACUUAACCAUUAUGCUCCUGACGCUCGUGGCGAUCACCUCGGCUCUCUGCGGGAGCGCAUUAUUAACUACCUCCCUGAUUUCGGUGCUGAAUACCCUGCAAUGAAGCCACAAGAUAGCAAAUGGAAGUGUGGUUUCCAGAGCACCACAACCGUCCGACUUCUUUGUCCACAGUCAAUGCUUGCGGAGUUUCUCAAUGAACCGGAUAAUUUUUGCUGCCAAGUUCGCGAUGGUGAGAUUGACACAGCUUCUGACGAAUUUCCAUCGUUCCUGUAUGAUCAAGCCCUCUACAACCCAGACGAAUUGGAUGCGGGCUUGCUUAGAGGGCCGUUGCUUCUGUCGUGCUUCAAGUCGUUAUUUACAGGUCCCGGUAGUGUGUUGUUGAACCAUGGAGACCGCGAGGGCAGGAGCAGCAGACCCGGUCACCCCCCCCUCGCAAAAAAGUAUGAUAUGACUCAAGUCAGUCCUAGGAGCAUCGCGUACGUGGCUGUCCUGGUUCGCUUCCUUUUGAACAGCCAGCAAUCAUGGUCCAACAUCGAUCUCAACUUCGAUCUCGAACAGUUCUUCUUCGAAAUUCUCAGGCUAUUCCAGGACGAAGAAUGGGGGCAAGCAACGUUGGAAUGGUGGAACAAAGCAGUGUUUGGAACAACUGCGAAGACUGCGAAGAAGAAAACCCGGCCACAAUCUGCAAUCACGAAGUUGAAGGCUCAAUGCGCGGCUCGAGCGGCUGUGCAAUCCGGCGCCGUUUGA